GGAGAGUUAAAUCAGGACAUCACAGCUGCUGAUAAUGAGCAUAAUCAGUGCAGAGUAAGUGAAACUCCCAGAUGCUGCUUGGAAAUGGCACAGGACAUUACAAUGGCCUUGUCUGGAGCCAUGCAUGCCGGACCGGAUUCAGAAUGUUAAACAGAGCCGUAGCAGGUGGUAUUAUUGGACCCGGUCCCCUCGUCUCCCCCCACCUCCAUCUCUCCCUCACUUGCUCCUCAUCUCCCAGUAAGCCCUUAUUCAUUUCUGCGUAUGGGCAGGAGGGUGAACAUGGACUCGUUGGGGCUUUUUGUCCUGCUAAUACCUACGUUUUUCCACUGGACAGCUGCUUCUUCUGCUGAUGAAAUCAGCUGGAGCUAUUCUGGUAUUGCUGGUCAGUCUGAGUGGUCAGAGUAUUUCCCUGACUGUGGUGGUACUUCCCAGUCGCCUGUGGAUGUGAUAACCACUCAGACUAAAUAUGACCCCAGUCUGGUGCCUGUGACGCCGCUAGGCUACAGUCAGCAUGGCAACCAGCCCUUUUCGAUGCACAACAACGGACACACAGUGAUUGUGGAGCUGCCAGAGUGGAUGGGACUUGGGGGGCUACCGUGGUUCUUUACAGCCGUUCAGCUGCACCUUCACUGGGGGAAUGGAGGCCCAGGUGUAGGGGGCAGUGAACACACCAUCAAUGGGAGGAGUUCAGACGCAGAACUCCAUGUGGUCCACUACAACGCUGAGCUUUACCCCAACAUGUCGGCAGCAAUGACACAGAGAGAUGGCCUGGCUGUGUUAGGAAUUCUCAUCGAGACAGGUGAAGAGACGAAUCCAGGAUUUAAUAACAUCCUCAACUACAUGAGCAGAAUCAGACAUGCCGACCAGAGAGCAUUCAUCCCAGCCUUUGAUGUCCAGUCUUUACUCCCCAAAGAUCUGGGACUCUACUAUCGAUACAACGGCUCCCUGACCACCCCGCCCUGCUACCAGAGUGUCAUCUGGACCGUGUUUCAUGAAAGGGUUCUGAUCUCAAAAGCACAGCUCCUGAAGAUGGAGAUGAUGCUUUACUCCAGUAAAGUCCAGGAAGUUGACAGGAUGCUGCUGCAGGACAACUUCCGGAUAACACAGCCGCUCAACCACAGGAUCAUCUUUGCCUCCUUUUCUGCAGAAUCAGGGAGGGAGCUCUCAUCUGGUGAGGUCACAGCCAUCGUGAUAGGAGUGAUGUGUGGCUGCGUGGGUGUGGCGGUGAUCAUUCGCUUCAUCGUGAAGACAAUACGAUUUUUUAAACUCCUUCAUCUUGAAACGGUCGCGGUAAACAGUUCUACUUCUAGCUGGGACGUCCUGCACAAUAACCGGCCUGCUUCAAUGCCAAGAUCAAAGGAGACAGAGAAAUCACAGGAGAUAAAAACAGACCUGGCUCUAACGAUAACCUCAAAAGCUGAAAGAAAAGAAGAGUUGUCACCCUCGCCUCAGACCGAGCCGUAAGCUUUACAUCUCACAUCAGGAUGUUCUGUCCUUUUUUUCUCAUCAGAGUUGAUUUUAUGGAUCUGUGUCCUAGGGAAAAGCAACUAUAUUUUCCCUGAAUUGAUCACAAAAAGAGACAGAGAGGAAUAAGACAUUCUCUCUUGAUUGUGUGAUAAAGGUCUUUUCCACUUAAAUUUGGCUGAGAUUUUAAGUCAUGUUAUGAAACUGUAUUCUACCCAAAACCAAGUAAGCAACUGAUGCUGGUUUAAUAUUCAUGUGUGUUUCAUACAUGUGUAUACUUGAGAUGAGGAAUGCACAUGAAAUAUGUUUUUUCUUCUUCUUAGUUUUAAUGUAAUUUCUGUCAUAAUAUUUCAAGCACUCUGCACUAAUACUGUGUAAGCUUUUUACAGCUAAACUCUUCUAAGGAAAUGUAAAAGAUAAAUGAUGAAACGGACUGAUGUAAAAAUAUGACAGGUGACAUGUAUAUACAGAUGCUGUACAAACAUUUCAGAUCGGAUUUUAAUUCUGCACAUUUUGUUGUAAAUGGAAGUUAUAUUUAUGUACAUGCCUUUACUCUGUAGAAGAGAGAAGUAUAAAAGCUGCGUGUCAUCUGCACAUAUCUGUUUAUUGUUGUGUCUAACAUGUCUGCCUGAGCACUGUAUUAAAACACUUGAAUGCUG